CCGAUCUUUACCCGGGGCAAGACAGCUGAGUCUACCCAGGCACAAACAUUUCGCUGGACAGAGCUUGCCCUUGGGCCUGCUAAAACGUGCCUACAUGGAGUCAAUCAGUCGCCAAAAGCCUCAUCCAAGGUUGCAGCCUUUGAUCUGGAUGGCUGUGUCAUAGAGUCCUCGAUUGGAAAGAAGAAAGUCAAGGAUGCGCCGCCAAAUUUUCAGUGGUGGCGUGCUAUUGUUCCGGAAAAGUUGAAAGAACUGCACGAGGAAGGG